CCCAAAGACAAAGCCCUAAUACAAGGAAAGAAAAAGGCUAGGGUUUCUCAGUGAAUUAAGCAUUUUUUUUGUAAAAAAUUGCGGCAAACACUCUUGAUAAUCUCUUGCGAUUUUACCAUCUCAUCGAUUCUUAGAGCACCCUUCUUCUUCCUUUAAUCAUGAUUAUCCAGGAGAAGAACCGCCGUGAGAUCUGCAAGUACCUGUUCCAAGAGGGAGUUUGCUAUGCAAAGAAGGACUUCAACUUGGCAAAGCACCCUGACAUUGAUGUCCCUAAUCUGCAAGUGAUCAAGCUGAUGCAAAGCUUCAAGUCCAAGGAGUAUGUGAGGGAAACUUUUGCUUGGAUGCACUACUACUGGUAUUUGACCAAUGAGGGUAUUGAAUUUCUCCGAACCUAUCUCAACCUUCCCUCAGAGAUCGUCCCUGCCACCUUGAAGAAGCAGAUGAAGCCUGCUGGCAGGCCCAUGGGUGGCCCACCUGGCCGUGGUGGAUCACGAUUUGAAGGAGACAGGCCUAGAUUUGGUGAUCGGGAAGGCUACCGUGCAGGACCUCGGGCCUCAGGUGAUUACGGGGAUAAGGGUGGUGCUCCUGCUGACUACAGGCCAUCUUUUGGGGGUUCUAGUGGAAGACCAGGCUUUGGUCGUGGAGCUGGCAGCUUCGGUGCUGGACCAACGAGUUCAGAUCUUCCAUCAUAAUUCUACUACUAUGAAUAGGAUCAUACAAAGUUUUGGAUGUCAUGAGUCAUAACAGCAUUAGUUUGAGUUGAAGCAAAAAAUGAAAAUGUAGUACAAUCUUUUAGAAGAGGCUACUUUUAGCGUGGUUACAUGUACCUUGAGUAAGUUUAAUUUUGCAUUUAGCUGGUGGAAUGUUGUUAAUUCUCGAGCGUUCUAUUUGUGUGGCCAUAUUCAUGCACUUUCCUUUUUACCUGUCCUCUUUUAUAACAUUUUGCAACUGACUAUAACACGUUUAUGAUUCAAAUAUUAUCAAAAUUGUAUUCAAUAUUA